CCGGUCACCGUUGAGAGGCUCCGGGCCACUAGGCGGCACUGCAGCAUUGCCAACCCACCGGCAGCCGAGGAAAGAGCGCUAACACGCUGAAGAUUCCAGACUGGACUUUCUGUGAAGUGAAGGACGGCAGGAGGUCUACAGUCAUGACUUCGCUGGGGAACAGUAGCUCCACUGGAACGGAGUACAUUGUCAGAGUUCCCAAGAAUACUAGUAAGAGGUACAACAUAAUGGCUUUCAAUGCAGGUGAUAAAGUCAACUGUUCCACAUGGACACAGGCACGGAUGGAGCGAGACAUGAGUAACCGGCGGAUGUAUGGCGAGGAGGAAACCCCUGAGGCAGGCGCUGGCAGCGAGUUUGGAAAGAAACAGAGAGAGGAGGCGCGUAGGAAGAAGUAUGGCAUCAUCACCAAGGAGUUCAAGGUUGAGGACCAGCCAUGGCUCCUGAAAGUCAAUGGCAAAGCUGGGAGACGGUUUAAGGGCCUGAAGAAAGGAGGCGUGACAGAGAAUGCCUCCUACUACAUCUUCACUCAGUGUGCUGAUGGAGCUUUUGAGGCUUUUCCUGUGCAUGGCUGGUACAACUUCACACCACAGGCUAAACACCGCACCCUCACGGCUGAAGAGGCUGAGGAGGAGUGGGGCAGGAGAAAUAAAGUAGUGAACCACUUCAGUAUCAUGCUCCAGCGGCGUCUAAGGGAGCAAGAGCAUGGGGAAGAGGAGGAGGAGGUGGCAGGAGAAAAGGGUGGGAAGAAAAAGAAGAAGAAAGGUGGCAAAGGAGGAGACCUGCGUAUCCAUGAUCUUGAAGAUGAUCUGGAGAUGAGCAGUGAUGAGAGUGACAGCAGCGGAGGCGAAGAUGGAGAAGGCAAGUCAAAAAGCAAAAAGGAUAUAAGUUCAAAGGCCAAGGCUAAAAAGAAGAAGAAGAGGAAGGGCAGUGAUCAGGAGGGACUGGAAGACAGCGAUGAUGGUGACUUUGAAGGUCUGGAAGUGGACUACAUGUCAGAUGAGAGCAGUUCUGAAGAAGAGGAGCCAGAGAAGGCGAAGCCCAAUAAAGGAGACGAUGUUCCUAAAGGGAUCGAUGAGGCAUCAGAGAGUGAAGAGGAGAGUGAGGAAGAGAACAAGAAUGAAGAAGAAGGCAAAGAGGAAGAGGAGGAGGAGGAAGGAAAGAAGACACCGGUACAGACAGAGAAAAAGAAAAAGAAAGAGAAAGAGAGCAGCGGAGAGUCCGACAGCUCAGAGGACAGCGACAUCGAGGGAGAGACAGCCUCUGCACUUUUCAUGGCAAAGAAGCGUACCCCUCCUAAGCGUGGAGGUCGAGGGUCCGCUGGAAGUUCCAGAACAGGAAGCCGUCCAGGAACGCCCUCAAUUGACAAUGCAGCAACCUCCAACACAUUGCGUGCUGCUGCCAGCAAACUGGAACAAGGUAAGCGGCAGGCUGCCACAUCCAGUUCAGACACUCCAGCUGCCAAAAGGCUGAAGAUGGAGCCCAGCUCUCAGAGCCCCUCAGGGAAGAGCACCCCUCAGCCAGCAUCUGGCAAAUCUACACCUAGCUCCAGUGAUGUGCAGCUGACGGAGGAUGCAGUGCGGCGGUACCUGAUCAGGAAGCCCAUGACCACCAAAGACCUGCUGAAGAAGUUCCAGACCAAGCGCACCGGCCUUAGCAGCGAGCAGACAGUCAACGUGCUUGCCCAAAUCCUCAAGAAACUCAACCCAGAGAGAAAGAACAUCAAUGACAAGAUGCAUUUCUACCUCACAGAGUAAAACAGGCACCCUGAUCAAGGCCAGUGUGUCCUCACCCAGCAUCCAUCCAGCAAACAUCAAGAUGCUAAUGUUAGCAGUAGGCCUUAACCCCAUGAAAGUAUUUUACUAGCUUAGCCAGAUAACUUAAGUCUGUCCAAUAAGAAGUUAUGAGACAUUCCUAUUGGACUGAUUUGACUUUAAAUUGUCCAGCUUUUUGCGGGAAUACUUUGUAAAAUACACCCCACAGCACACUGUUCUCCAUGGUGACAGCUGACUUUAUACCAUUCCCGAAUAACCAAUAAACCACGCCUGAAUCAGGGAGAACGUUCUACUGCAGAACAGUGUGAAUGGGUGGAGAGCAUCAUAGAACAUUGUGAAUAGGUGGGGAAAAUUCUAGAACACGGUGAAUGGGGAGAAUAAUUUACAUCAUAAUGAGUGGAGGUAGAACAUUCUAGAACAGUGUGAAUUGGUGGGGAACAUUCUAGAACAGAGUGAAUGGGAAAGCCUGCUGUAGAGGCAGCAGUCUCACACAGAUGUGACCAUUCAAACCGGUGUUUCGGAGAACACGGUUUCAUUCAUUUCUGGGAUUGUUCUGGGAAUGUUCUUCCCCUGUUCACACUGGUCUGUUUGGAUUAUCAGGUUUUAUUCAGACCUGCCAGCAUUAAAAUGUUGUUUGUUGGGGAAUGAUGGGACCGUAUCCUACGGGCUUUAUUUUGUUUCAGUUAGGGAGGGAACCCGUCUACAGACUUCACAACAAUAACAUGAGUAUGACACACCAACCAUACACCUGGUUCUAUUGCUGUUUGUUGGGGAAUGCUGGAUCUGUGUGCUUCUCAGCCAUUCUUGGAAACUGCACGUUUAAAAUUACUUACCUGGGCUUGAUGAUUAGUUGACGAGUUGGUUGUGUCUUAGAAGAAGAGAAAGCACAAAUGUGCGCAGUGAUUGAAUGAACAUGUACAAGAGAGGAAAAGAUGAGUUUUUGAUUACCAUUUUCCACUGAGUAUUGAGGUGUUUCUGAGCCACGUCUUUAGUGUGUGAGGUGUUUUGACUUCCUGUAGAGUGUUCAGAUGGACUGACUGAGCACAGCCAGGCUACAGGAUUAAACCGUCUGUUAUUUUAUUGAUUUAAGAUUGACUUUUAGUUCAAUAAGUGAUGUUUUCCAUACACCGUUACAAAAUUGUAAUAAAGUAUGUUUUGUGUUUA